AUGUACGGGAAUCUGGGAAAUGUAGUCAGGCUGAUCAAAGCUCACAUCAGUCAUUUGCAGACACCAAAACAUCAGACAAAUGAUAAUGAAAAGCUUUACCUUCACAGACACUGUCACUCCUGCAUUGGACGCUUUGACAAUUUUGCCUUUAAUGCUGUCACCUUUAUUGCUGUCAUUGUCAUUGACGUCAUCAUCAUCGUCGCCAUCACUGCCAUCGCUGGAGCCGGACUUGUUGCUGUAUUCAAGUGA